UCAACUACACUAGGUACCAAGUAGGGGCCUACUACCAACUCGAUUUUGCAUAUUUUUACUUUAUUUAUCCUGUACCUACACCGGAAGUGAAAUAACGAUAAUUUUGUUUUUUAACAAAAUAAUGAAUAUUCUUCCACAGAAGAGCUGGCAUGUUCGCACAAGGAAGAACAUUGAGAGAGUAAGAAGAGAUGAAGCAAAAGCUGCUGAGGAGGAAAAGGAAAAACAAAGACGGAUAGCCCUUGCUGAACAAGAAGCGAGAACAGAUUUACUGAGAAAAAGAGCAAAGACUAGACAUGGUGAAGACCAAAUAGAACAUUCUACUGAUAAAUUACCUAGAAUCGAUGACACAGAUGUUCCAUCAGCUUCUCAGACUGUUGAACAAGGCACAUCAAAAUCUGAAGUCCAAUAUACAGGCCAUAUUAAUUUCUUCAAAGAUGUGGAAGAAGGGGAAGUAAAGCAGGGGAAAAAUGCAGAACAUGAAGAAGAAAAGAAAGCAGAGAAGGAAAAAUGGGAGAAAGAUAUUGGUCUGUUGACAUACCUUGGACAGAGUGCAGUGGAAUCUAAAGAGAAAGCACCUUGGUAUUUAUCGGGGAGAAAGAGAGAGAAGGAACCUUUAGACCCUGUUGAAAAAGACAGAAAGUUGAAAGCAAGUUUGGACCCGUUGAAUCAGAUGAAAUCCUAUGUACACAAGACCAAACACAAACAUAAACAUGAAGAUAAGGAAAGGCACCAUAAACAUAAACACAAGAAGAAGAGUAAAGAAAAAGAUUCCAAAAAAACAGAGAAACAUGUCUCGGCAACAAAAACUAUAGAACAGUUAAGGGCAGAAAGGUUAAAUAGAGAACGACAGGAGAGACAAAAAGCUCUGGACCUUAUAUCUGGAGGUCAGGGUCAGAAGACAAAGGUUACAGAAGAAACAGUGAAUGAGAGAGAUAGAGGGUAUAAUUCUAUGUUUAAUCCGGAUCUUGCUAGAAAACCCAAACACAGACAUUCUUAUGAAAGGCGCUACUGAUCUGCCAUCAUUGUAAUAUACCAAGUCUUUCGUGUUUUGUUCAUUUAUUAUGUCAUUUUGUGAAAUAGAAAAUAACUGAAAAAUAA